AUGACCUCGCUUACGGAUUUGGGCCUCUCGUCGAAUGCAUUGUCCGGCACGAUACCUCCGUCGGUCGAGAAAUUGGCCUCGCUCACCAGCCUCGACCUCCAUGGGAAUAACUUCUCGGGAGACGUGCCCGAAGCAAUCCGCGGGCUCAAGAAUCUGACGUAUGCCGAUUUUUCCGGCAACCAGUUGACCGGAAAAAUCCCAGAGUCCAUCGGCGGACUUUAUUUGCUCGAGGUUUUGUACCUCAACGGCAACGGAUUCACCGGAAAAAUCCCGGAGUCCAUCGGCCGGCUCAUAUCACUCCAGUUUCUCCGUUUGUCGGAAAAUAAUCUGACAGGGCAGAUACCGCCGUCGAUCGGGAACCUGACAGGGCUCAAAAGCUUGGUUUUCGAAAACAAUCAGCUAAGUGGAAAUCUGCCUGAAACACUAGGCCAUCUCAUUACACUAGAAAGCAUUUACUUCUCUAACAAUCACUUCACAGGAAAAAUUCCUCCGAGUAUGGGGAAUCUGAAGAAUUUACAGAGCCUGGAUUUAUCAAGAAACCAACUUUCAGGCCCAAUCCCAGUUGAGUUCUUGAAAUUAAAGUCGCUACAAGAUCUUGACCUGUCUUUUAAUCCUUUAAGGCUCGAAAAAUUGCCCGAUUGGCUUAAAAGCUUAAGCCUUUUUCGACUGCUGCUCGCGAGCACAGGGCUCAAGGGGGAACUGCCCAACUGGCUGUCUUCGUCUUCUUCCCUUUCGACUCUUGAUUUGUCGAGUAAUUCCCUAAAAGGGAAACUACCUUCAUGGAUUGGUAACAUGACAAACCUCUCCCUUCUAAAUUUGUCCAACAAUCAUUUCAACUCCUCUAUUCCAGUCGAAUUCAAGAACCUCGUCCUCCUAACCGACCUCGAUCUCCACUCGAACAACCUCUCCGGCAAUUUAAACACGUUUUUCGUGAAAGCCUCCGAUUUCCCGCGCGGGCAUUACUCUUCGAUCGACCUUUCUCACAACAUGUUUCGCGGGCCCAUCGACGAAGACAUCGGGGAAAAGCCCGUCAUGGAAGAAAUCGAGACUUUGAUUUUGUCCCACAACCCUUUGGGCGGGAAAAUACCGAAAUCGCUCGGGAAGUUGAGAACGAGAAGAACCCCAAACGGGGUUUCGCUGGAAAAAAAAGGGACCACCCAAAAGGCCCUCCAUUCGCGACAAAAUAUACAUAGACAGGAACAGAAACCGAAAUUGGAGGGAGACUCACCUACAAUCGAAAUCGAAGGGCAAAAGACGCACCAAUUGCAGACCAAUCGACCACAAUAUGGCUCGCCUCCUCCAAUCGCAACAUCCUCGGCGAAACAGGGGCUGGGCAGACCGACAAACUUCAACACACCGCGGCAACACCAGAGGUCCAGGAUUGCAGAGGAGGGGCGGCGGUCGAACGCGACCACCAGCCGACGCCGCACCGCCGCCGAGGAAGGCGACGCGAGAGAAGAGAAAGGCGCUAGGGUUCGAUGA